UACCGACAGCUUAGCUUGCCUUUGUCCACAAUUCAUGCAUUCUUAGAAUUCCAAUCCCAUUUUCAUCGCCAAUCGUCCCUUCUUUUAUCCACUUUUUCAUAUACUCUAUAAAAUACUCGAAUUCUUUUAUUCCCAUUCACACAGCAAACUCAAAUCUCUCUCUGCAACAAACGAAAUUCAUCACAGCGACCAACAAUAUUUCAUUUGGCUGGUUUUGAUCAAAGAUUGUUUCAAAAAUGGAAGGUGGUGUUGUAUAUGAGAAUGAUCUCAACCUCAAGGCUACUGAGCUCAGACUUGGGUUGCCAGGAACGGAAAGAAAUGAGGAACAACCAGUUUCUUGUACUAGAAAUAACAAGAGGCCGUUGCCGGAGACCAGAGAUCAGGAUGGUGGAACAAAAGCCAAAUAUGAUGCUCCACAUGCUGACCCUGACACACCCCAUGCGCCUAAAGCACAGAUGGUGGGGUGGCCGCCAAUACGAUCCUACAGGAAAAAUAGCUUGCAACAGCCUAAGCAGACUGAGGCUGAGUCUGCUGGCAUGUACGUGAAAGUAAGCAUGGACGGAGCACCAUACCUUAGAAAGAUUGACCUCAAGGUUUACAAAGGGUAUCCAGAGCUCCUCAAGGCCUUAGAGAACAUGUUCAAGUUGACCAUAGGUGAGUAUUCAGAGAGAGAAGGCUACAAAGGAUCAGAAUAUGCACCUACUUAUGAAGACAAAGAUGGUGACUGGAUGCUGGUUGGAGAUGUUCCAUGGGAUAUGUUCAUGUCAUCUUGCAAGAGGAUGAGAGUCAUGAAAGGAUCGGAAGCAAGAGGCUUGGGCUAUGAAGCAUGAAAAGCCCUACAAGCCGCAGCCGCAACCCAAAGGAGCAGGAAGAAAAGACGAAGAUUUUGUCUCCUACGAAGAGAAAAAAAAAUCUUUACAGUUUGGGUUCUCCAAGAAGAAAUUCAAUCUGAAUCUCUGGGUCGCUCUAUUGAUAGAUCCUGUGAAGCUGGACAGGAUACAGAAAAAAAAAAAUAUCACAGUGAAGUUAACAGUUUCUUUCCUAGGAUGAGGAAGCAAGAUAUUUGGUGGCUUGGACAUCUAUGGUGUCAUUUUGUAGGUCCUUGUAUUCUUAUCAAACCAAAACUGAAUGCGAUUUGUGUAAAUGGAAAAGUUUUCUUUGAAAAAAUGGGAAAUUGAAGAUAGGUCCAUCCGAGUCUUGGUUCUGUAACACUGUAUACGAAUACUCUAAAGUUAUAUUACUUCGUUGUUAA